GGCAGCGCAACCAUUCCUCUGCCUACGCUACAAAAGGACAUCCAACUCCAACUUACAGGCACAUUCAAACUUAUUUUUCAGCUUAAAGUCAAGAAAAAGCUUUGAAAAUACAAAAAAAUUAGGAAAGUAAAAUCCAGAAGGGACUGAGAAAUCCACGAGAACUAAGAAGAUGGACUCAGACUCAGGAGAGCAAAGUGAAGGAGAGCUGUCACCAGGACAGGAGGGCUUCAACUCCCGCUCCCUGGCCCUACAAGCUCAGAAGAAGAUCCUGAGCAAGAUGGCCACAAUGGUGGUCGCCAACAUGCUAACGGACGACACGAGCAGCGAGAUCCUGGACGAGCUGUACAAGGCCAGCCGCGAGUUCACCAAAAGCAAGAAGGAAGCGCACAAAAUCAUCAAAGACGUCAUCAAAAUCGCGCUCAAAAUCGGCAUCUUGUAUCGCAACCACCAGUUCAGUCCCGACGAGCUGGACACGGUGGAGAGAUUCAAGAAGAAAAUGAACCAGGCGGCCAUGACAGCGGUAUCUUUCUACGAAGUUGAUUACACGUUUGACAGGAAUAUCCUCUCCGAGUUGCUUUUGGAGUGUAGAGACCUGCUUCAUGGUAUUGUUGAGCAACACCUGACGCCAAGAUCGCACACCCGAAUCGAUCACGUCUUCAACCAUUUCGCUCACGUGGAGUUUUUGACGGAGUUGUACGGCGAUCAGGAAGAGUACAGAGUGUCGCUACGCAAAAUCUGCAACGGAAUCAACAAACUGCUCGAUGAAGGAACGCUUUAACCUCUGAACUUCGACCCCUCCCGAGCCAUUCCUGACCUGCCCUACUUGCCCUUCACAUUUGGGGUUUUCUGUCUUUUCACUGCUAUAUACUGAGGUUUUCUUACAGAGGGGAGGCUGCCAAAUCUUUUAUGAAAAUCAGUGUAUACUUGUCAUGAGGGUGGAUUUCUAUCUUGUUUCUAUCUCUUAAAGGUGCACUGUGUAACUUUUCUGAAAUCUGGUCCACAACCUCAUAGUCUGCAUGGAUAUAUUAUUACUUUGCCUUCCACAGUAUGGCAUUAAACCUAACUUAUCUUACAUUUAUUCAACCACCAAGUGUUUUCAUGGCUCAAAAACUUAUAGAAAUAUGUAGAUUCUUGGAGCAGAGUCACCUCUCCACAGAUCAGAGCUGUAAUUUGGCUUGGGGGAGUGUCACCUGCUCCAUGGAGAUAGACAGAUUUUCUGAUCGAUGUUAUAAUGUUGUUUCCUCGUCAGAAACAUACCUGGAGUUAUGAUUUGUUUCAUUUACACAUAUUCACCUUCUCUAAAAUAAUUUGGAUGGUUUCAUGAAAACUACAGCUUCAUGACAUCACAAGGUGGAACAGAUCAUUCUAAACUUUGGAGAGGUAGACAGACUAAUAUUAAAGGAUUACUCAAACAUGUGUGAAUGAAACAAAACAAAAUUCCAACAACAACAAGAGUUAAACAAGAGUGAAUUCUGUGUAAAAUCUGACCUUUAAUGCAUACUGUGGAACAUUCAUGAAGUUGUGGUAUUGCUUGUUCCGAUGGGAAUGGCUGCACACAAACUCCUCCACACAAAUUUCUCUAUCUGAUCAUCAAGGUAAAUAUAAAAAAGAAAAAAAUAGAUAUUUACACAGCGGUAAGAUGUCAUUUCAGGCCUGGUCUACAAUCUAUUACACAACUAAUGUUUAAAACUUGAAAAUGACACUCGCAACUUGAAAUUAUGAAGCACCUACUCGUCCUCUUUUUUGUUUGUGAUAAUUAUGGUUGAUUGAAAAUUGCCAUGUUUGGGUGCUCAUUAUUCACAAUGGACAAGCUCUCAUCAUGGGCUUUUGCUGUUAUAAUGAAAUCAUAAUUUUAACCAAUAAGUGUCUUUCUUGUAUCUUGUGUUAUUCCUCAAAAUUUAUCAGAUGGGCCUACGAUAUGAUUAUUGCCUCAUUCAAUGGUUUGAUUACUGGACCUUUAAAACUGGGGUACCUGAUUUCACAAAGCAAAAAAAAAAAAACAUUCGCAACAUUUUAAAGUUUAAUAUUAUUUAAUAUAGACUGGGGAAGCUAAAAUUAAUAUAGUUAAAAUGCAGUUUUUGUUGUUAUAUAAUGAGUUCUGGGGUCUCGUUAAAAAUAUAAAUGAUCAGGCUCACAGUGCAGCGCUCUCAUUUUGUUGAGUUCUUAAGUGCUGCUUUUACAAUGUACUCUUAUUGCGAGAAAACUAUAGACUCUAUACACAACUGGACAUAACUAACCUGCUCGCUCGAUGUUAUAUUAACCCACACUACAUCGUCCUGGUGUUUAUAUUUCUCUAUUUUGUCCAUAAAUCAAAAUAUGAACCCCAAGGUCACUCCCUCCAGCUUCAGCAACAGGCUUGAUUGAUAGUGUUGCUAAGCGCCUUCAGCAACCUUACUACUGAUGGUUGUUUGGUUGCUAUGAUACUUGCAGUCAGAAUUUCAAAUAUGGAACUGCAGCCUCGAUGAGCUUCAUUUGACUGGAGCCAAACGCUAGGGGUGACAUCACAUGCCGUUAGUCCAAUUCUUCUGUCCUAGGGGGUCUCUAUAUUGACAUAACAUCCUGACUAAUCAGAUUUCUCGACCAGAAAAAGUUGGCUUGCCCUCUCCGGGUAGGUGGAGAGAUUCUGCCUCAAGUGGAGGAGUUCAAGUAUCUCGGGGUCUUGUUCACGAGUGAGGGGAGGAUGUAGUGUGAGAUUGACAGGUGGAUCAGUGCAGCGUCGGCCGUGAUGCGGUCACUGUAUCAUAUUGUGGUGAAGAGGGAGCUGAGCCAAAAGGCAAAGCUCUCGAUUUACUGGUCAAUCUACGAUCCUACCCUCAACUAUGGUCAUGAGCUUUGAGUAAUCACAGGAAGGAUGAGAUCACGAAUAUAAGCGGCCGUAAUGAGUUUCCUCUGUAAGGUGGCAGGGUGCUCCCUUAGAGAUAGGGUGAGGAGCUCAGUCACACAGGAGGAGCUCGGAGUAGAGCCGCUGCUCCUCCACAGAGAGAGGAGCCAGCUGAGGUGGCUCAGGUAUCUGUUCUGGAUGCCUCCUGGGUGCCUCCCUUAGGAGGUGUUCCGGGCAUGUCCCAUUGGAAGGAGUUUGUGGGGAAGACCCAGGACACGCUGGAGGGACUAUGUCUCUUGGCUCGUCUGGGAAUGCCUUGGGUUCCCCCCGGAGGAGCUGGAGGAAGUGUCCAGGGUGAAGGGAGUUUCUGCUUAGACUGUUGCCCCCGUGAUCCGGCCCCGGAUAAGCAGAAGAACAUGGAUGGAUGGUCCUGACUAAGUAAAAUUUGAUCACUUAAAUGCCUAUUACCAUUGUAUUAUUUUGAUGCCUAACCUUGUGCACUAAUAAAUGGCUAAUGGUUUAUGUUUUAUAGGCAUCUAACUGAAUCUCAUUUUAGGCUCGCCUUGGUACUUAAAUGUACUCCACUUCUUGUGACUGGUAAAACUAGUAGCUCUCUGGCAGUUUAAUUUUGUAAAAGAAGAAGGUUGGAGACCUCUGUUCUAUACAGUCUAUAAGGAAAAGACAAAAUAAAAAUAAAAAGUCAGGUGCCCCAGUUUUAACUUACCACCAUCUACCUUAUAACAUCAUAAACAAGUUUGUAAUAUAUUUGAGUCAAACCAAGUCAUGUACUCCAAAAUAUACUCUUCCCCCUGUAAGACCUCCUCUGCCCCCUCCUCUCUCUCUCUCUCUCUCUCUCUCUCUCUCUCUCUCUCUCUCUCUCUCUCUCUCU